UCGCUCUCGCUCUCUCGGUAAUACAAAAUAAAAUAAAAUAAAAUACACAGAUAAUAAUAUUUUAAGUCGGUGAAGUUCCUUUAUCACCCUCCUAAUAUUCCCUUACAGUCAACAACAAUGUCCUGAAAAUUCAAAUUUUCUGUUUCAAGAUAAGAAGUUGAUGCGUAUUAGCUAGCCAUUCGUAGUAAUCAACUGUCUAAUUUCAGUAAGACUAUUUGGAAGACUCUGAAGGGAGGUGGGGUUCAUAGAACUCGCCAUGGAGCAGUAUGAAAUUCUGGAGCAGAUUGGGAAAGGUUCCUUUGGCUCAGCUCUUCUUGUGAGGCAUAAACAUGAAAAAAAGAAAUAUGUGCUGAAGAAAAUUCGUCUUGCUCGUCAGACUGAUAGAACUCGCAGGUCUGCCUACCAGGAGAUGGAGCUUAUUUCUAAAGCAAGCAACCCAUUUAUUGUGGAAUACAAAGAUUCCUGGGUAGAAAAGGGCUGCUAUGUGUGCAUCAUUAUAGGAUACUGUGAGGGUGGAGACAUGGCUGAAGCUAUAAAAAAGGCCAGUGGUGUUCAUUUUCCUGAAGAGAAACUUUGCAAGUGGCUAGUUCAACUCCUGAUGGCUCUUGAUUACUUGCAUGCUAACCACAUUCUUCAUCGUGAUGUCAAAUGUUCAAAUAUAUUUUUGACAAAAGAUCAAGAUAUUCGACUAGGUGAUUUUGGUCUUGCUAAAAUGUUAACUUCAGAUGACCUUGCUUCUUCUGUUGUGGGAACUCCCAGUUACAUGUGCCCUGAGCUUCUUGCUGAUAUUCCCUAUGGUUCCAAGUCAGAUAUUUGGUCUUUAGGAUGCUGCAUAUACGAGAUGGCAGCUCACAAGUCUGCAUUUAAAGCUUUUGAUAUUCAAACACUGAUUAACAAAAUAAAUAAGUCUAUAGUGGCUCCUCUUCCUACUGUGUACUCUGGUCCAUUACGAGGGCUGAUUAAAAGCAUGCUGCGAAAGAAUCCAGAACUUCGACCAAGUGCUGCAGAGUUGCUUGGUCACCCACAUCUUCAACCUUACCUUCUCAAGAUUCAUCUAAAGUUGAAUAGCCCGAGACGGAAUACUUUCCCUGUCGAAUGGUCUGAUUCCACCUUCGUAAAGAAAGCUAGUUUUCUGGAUCCACAAGCUGUUCCCAGUUUUACUACCAGAGAAAAAAGGCGAUCAUUCAACAAUGACAGGGCUUUGAAUCCUAGUAUAUCAGGAACUGAACAAGACUCCCCCCAUUCUUCUCAAAGAGAUCAGGAAUCCCCAGCCCCAAUUUAUUUGAACCAAAGGUUCACUGAAUUAUCUGUCGGCGUUGUCCAUGAAGAAUUUGGUAAUACAGCAGCAAAGUUUUCAACAUAUGCCAGAACCCCAAGAUUGAUGCCCUCAAAAAUUUCUGCUACUCCUAGAAGGCAGUCAACACCAUCCAAGAUAUCAUAUAUUACUUCAAAGCGUGAUUCGCUUCCAGUGUCAUGUACUACAGUGAGCAAAUCUUCCCAUACUGCACGCAGAGCAUCUCUUCCAUUUCCAACGAGAGCUGCAGCUGCAGCUGCAGGAACCCAAUAUAAGGCCAGUCAUGGUCUUCUUCAUAGCAUGGAUUCUCCAAACGUUUCUGUGAAUGCUCCACGAAUUGACAAGAUCGCAGAAUUUCCAUUAGCCUCUUCUGAAGAUCCUUUGAUUCCCAUCCAUGGAACAUCAACUUCAGCACAAUUCUCUUCAUCACCCUACAGCGUGGACUGCUCAAUCACAAAGGACAAGUGUACAGUUCAGGUUCUAGAGAGAGCUGUAUCCAAGCACCGUGUAACUGAUGCUUGCCAGCGAAUUGGAAGUGAAUGCUCGGAGCAUAAUCCAACAAGUGGUGUUUCAAGCCGUUCAUCUUCAGACUCUAGACAGCAGCGCCGGUUUGACACCUCGUCAUACCAACAGCGUGCGGAGGCUUUAGAAGGAUUGCUUGAGUUUAGUGCGCGCCUUUUGCAACAAGAACGGUUUGCAGAGCUUGGGGUGUUGUUAAAGCCAUUUGGGCCCGAGAAGGUUUCUCCCAGGGAGACUGCCAUUUGGUUGGCUAAGAGCUUCAAAGAAACUGCAGUCUAGGAAGAAACAUGAAACAAGAAGUUGUCUGUCCUUGUCAUCACAUGUGCGUAUAACUUUGUACUCCCAUAGAAAAUUAGUUUCAAACUCUCAAACCUUCACACUCGAAGGUGCUUAGAUGCUAAUAUGUGUGCGUAUUGAUCUCUCACGGGAGAGCUGUUUUUGAGCUUGAAAGUUUUACGAAAACGAUGAAGAGGGAAGUUUUGGAGCAGGCAUCCAA